AAUUAUGCUCCCCCUGGAAAAAAUCCUGCGGGCCUAUGCAUAUAUUAUAUCCCGUUAGUUGUAAAUUAUGAAGAAAUUAUAUAUGCGCGGUUCGAGGACCUCUUUUUGAUUUUAAAUGGAUAUAACAGGGUUUGCAUUUUUCCUUCUCUCGGUCGCUCAAACUCGAAUUUCAAAUAAUCGUAUCUAGAGUGCAAAGUCUAUAUACUUUUCCCAGACACUUGUGAAACUGGAAACUUUUAGACUACACUUUGUCAAACAGAAUUUCUUACACUGAUAUACCGAUAUUUUGAGAAAGAAACUUUUACUUUUACCAAUAAUGGGUCACACACACAAACAUCGUUCAAUAUAUAGUCAAUAAAUCGUUGUGAUAGAUUCCUACGACAAAAACAUGUAAAAAUCGCGAUUUCAACGAAUCGCACAUCUAUUUGUAACAUCUAUGGAAUGUUUGUAAAAAUCGAAAUCAUAGUCGCGUUCGAGUUUAGUGGAUUUAUAUCUCACGCGCGUUUUCCCGCGCAUAUAUCCAUACAAGGGAUGAAUACGUGAAUACGUAUUCGUACAUCUAUUCGUGUCGCGACUUAUACAUAUAUAUAUAUAUAUAGCGUACUCCCGUGUAUGAGAAUCGUCAUCUAGCAGACGAACCUGUGCCAAAAGUACCAAUUGUCAAGAGAAUUUAUUUUCAGUAUAUUUUUAAGUAAUGUAAAUAAAACAAGGAGAGAUACGCGCGUAAUCUCUCAGAGAGACAAGUACAAUAAAAUGUAUUUAUUUCCUCUUUCCAUCCUUGUAUAUGUAUGCGAGCGACAAUUAUUAGCCUUUUCCUCGUGUGAUUAAAGCUAGAAAAUUAAUUUAAUGCCGUUAAUUAUUAGAAAAAGUUCUGUAAAAUAUAACACAAUCGUGACAAUAUUCUAUUACAGAUUUCAACAAAUGAACGACCAUCCCACCCUCUUUUUUUAAUUGACUUCGCCCUUAGUUUUUUGCUGAAUAAUAUCCUCACAUAUAUACACAUGCGAUAUGAUCUAAUACGGUUUCACAGAACAAUAACAAGUGUUAAAUUUGCGUGCAAACGAAAUGCUCGUUAAUGCGAAAAGAGGAAUGCGUGUCUAUAUAUGCAUACGUUAAAUGGCAUAACUACUAUAUUCAUUGUUACCGCGAAUGGUUAUUCAAACCUUCAGUACGCCGGGAGAUCGUCGCGAGUGUCGGAUCGGGUCAAUGUUGAAUCGAGUAUCAGUCAACUCUCGGCUUCAUCGAUGGAUCAAAAACCAAGAAGUCCCGGUAUUCUGAGACUAGAGAAAAUGUCACGCACUUCCGAGCUUGGAACAACAUCUUCGGCGACUAUGGAGGUGGGUCCGUCAUUCCCGUCGCAAUCGCAAUCGUCGGCCAGUCGACAGUCGGUUACGUUUGGCACCGUCGAGUGCCAGGGUGACGAAAAUUACGCGGGUGACGCAACGUCGAAGACUGUCGCGGACGCGAGAUCCCGCGACGACAUGCAGCACAUCGUCGCCGCGAUAUCCACGCGGGCGAAUCCUGCAGGCGAGACUCCGCAGAAUCCGUCGACGGAGAAGUCGACCGUAAACGGCGAGGGAAAUGACAGCGAGAACGAUUACUCAGCCUCGGUCUGCGCGAUCAUGCAACGACGGAAUUCGAUACGACGGCAGAGCCGGAGGAAGAGACGUCCGUCCUCUCCCUUUGGCGUCGACGUCGACAACAUCGUGCGUCGUCGAUCCUCGGCUUACACCACGAGCUCGGGAGAGACGGUAAUCUCGAUGGAGGAGGGCGGUAACCAGGAGCAGAUCUUCGAAAAUCUGAAGCUGCAUAAAGAAGUAUUGAGUGGCGUGAAGCAGCAACCCUGGCCCCUCCGGCGCAAGAUCAAACUCGUACGACAGGCUAAGGCUUAUGUUAGGCGGCACGAGGGUGCCCUGCAGGAGAGACUCGCCCAAAGUCGCAACACGAAAGACGUCAUAGCGCGCGUCUCGCUCUACGUGACUAAGAAAUGGCAGCAUUUCCGACGAGAGCUCAUCAAUCUGCAAACGUGGUUCGUGCCUUGGGAGCUCCGUAUUAUGGAGAUAGAGUCUCAUUUUGGUUCUGCUGUUGCGUCUUAUUUCACUUUCCUCCGCUGGCUCUUCUGGAUCAACCUGGUCAUCGCCGGAACUCUUACAGCAUUCGUCGCGAUACCUGAAGUGUUAACCGCAAACGCGACGCUCGCCGGCGAAAGAAAGAUCAUGCUGAAGGAGGAGAGUGUCAAGUCGAAGCACCUGUUGACCUUGUGGGAAUUCGAGGGUGUAUUAAAGUACUCUCCCUUCUUCUACGGAUGGUAUACCAAUCAGGACACUAACACAAAGUAUCGACUACCCAUGGCGUACUUCGUCACCAAUCUGGUCGUCUACACGUACAGCUUCGUCGCGAUCCUCCGCAAAAUGGCGAAAAAUUCACGUUUGAGCAAACUGACCGAGAAGGAGGACGAGUACGUCUUUUCAUGGAAGCUCUUCACGGGAUGGGACUUUAUGAUCGGUAAUCCGGAGACCGCUCACAAUCGUACGGCUAGCAUCGUGUUAGGCUUCAAGGAGGUCCUGCUGGAGGAAGCUGAGAAGCAGAAGGAUAAGAGAAACUGGAAAAUCAUAUCCAGGAGAAUAUUCGUGAACGUCGCGGUGCUCUCUUUACUCGCGUUAUCGGCCUACGCCGUUAUCGAGGUGGUCGAACGAAGCACGACAAAGAUCGAUUCGCACAGCUGGUUGCGGCAGAACGAGAUCACGAUCGUCAUGUCCCUGAUCACGACCCUAUUUCCGAUGUUUUUCGAGAUCCUCGGCUUCCUCGAGAGCUACCACCCCAGGAAGCAGCUUCGAAUGCAACUGGCGCGGAUAAUGGUCUUGAACUUGCUAAAUCUCUACUCGCUGAUAUUCGCGCUGUUUCGUAAAAUGAACUCCAUGAAACCUGAUGAUAUUUAUGAUCUCAAGUCGACGGAGACGACGUGCAAAUAUAAUUUGGUGGAGUGUGGUGACGAAUUAACGCACACGCAACAAAUCACGACAUUGGCGACUGCGAGUCUCGUUUUUCUAAGCAAUAUCACCCAUUUCCACGCCAAGAGGGAGAUCAUCGAAUCAACGACGCUACCAUCCGUCAGACAGGAAACGUUGUUCCUCAAUCCUUUUCUGGACCGCAACGAGUUAUACGAGGAUUACCUUUCCAACGAUACCUUCGAUUUGUCGACUAUUGAUUACCUGUAUGAAGAUUCGCAGACGAAUAGCAACGAGUCUUAUUACGAGAGACAAGAUAAUCGAAGCGUGGAUGAUAGUAGAACGUAUGAUUACAAAAAUUUCACUCCGAUUGCCAAUUUUCUCACCGAUUCGACGAUCGCUGAAGAUUUCUAUACAACUUCUACUUUGUCCCAGGCUAAAACUCCGACAUCGACAGAAACCAGCACGGCGGAAGAUUCAUCAGAGAUCACUGACGAUUUUACCGAAAAAACAAUUUCUUCGUCGUCUCCAGACGAGAUGUCAUCUACUGAAAAAAUCAGCGUAUCUGCGACGGUAGAAGUCACACCUAAAACAAAUACUAUUAGUUUGGAAAAUAGUCUUCCUACUUUGCGGUCGAAUGAUCCGUCCUCGAGAGAAAAUUAUCCAGUGAAAUGCUUCGUAAAAACCUGCAAUGUUACGUCGCAGAAGAAUUUGAUCCCAUCCUUGGAGCAGUUAGAUCCAAAGAUUCGCAGAAAAGUACGUCGAUUGUGCUGGGAAACCAUGUUCGGCCAGGAACUAGCCAAACUCACCGUCAUGGACUUGGUACUCACCACAUUAACCACUCUCUGUAUGGAUUUCCUCCGCGCCGUUUUCGUACGUUACAUGAACAACUGCUGGUGCUGGGACCUGGAGAAGCAAUUUCCGCAAUACGGCGACUUCAAAAUCGCCGAGAACAUACUUCACCUGGUGUACAACCAGGGCAUGGUUUGGAUGGGCAUGUUCUUCAGUCCAGGUCUGACGGUUCUGAACCUUCUCAAACUUGGCAUCCUGAUGUACCUACGUUCCUGGAUAGUUCUCACAUGUAAUGUACCACAUGAGGUAGUCUUCCGAGCCUCCAGAUCCAACAAUUUCUACUUUACUCUUCUACUGACCAUGCUGUUCUUGUGCGUGUUGCCUGUCGGUUACGCGAUAGUCUGGGUCGAACCUUCAUGGCAUUGCGGUCCGUUCUCCGGUUACCCAAGGAUCUAUAGUUUAGUCACGCACACCUUGAUAAAUUCGCUUCCGGAGAUGAUUCAACGGUGUCUCGAAUACGUCACAUCUCCUGGUACAAUAAUACCACUAAUCGUCCUGAUGAUGCUAAUUAUUUAUUACAUGGUGUCUCUCGCUGGAUCUUUGCGAGAAGCGAAUAACGACUUAAAGAUGCAACUAAGACACGAGCGUACAGAGGAACGUCGUAAACUGUUCAAAAUAGCCGAAAAGAGGCAAAACGUGGCCGAAGCUCCGUUAUCGACGAGGUGGAAGAAGCUUCUGCCGGCUUUGCCGCAGGCCAGAGUAACGGAAUUGUCUCGAAAUUCGGAGAUAACGCAAAGAGACGACGUGCAGAUCGCUAUCGGGAACUCGAGCGACACGACGGAAGGCAAAGGGUUGACGAACAAGGAUAUCGACAAUGAUUCGUCGCGUCGCGAGCAAAUAUUAUCCAAUAACGAGAAACAAAUUCAAGAGGAGAAUGAUUCGGGACUGAAUGGUACAUCUUCUAAUAAGAGGUCCUUUGUCGGAUAUUCGUGGGACUCGCAAUCGAGUGAACAGAGUGUUAUACCGGAAAUUCAAUUAAACAACGAAUUGAGCAACGUAACCGAAGAUUGCGAUCAAGAAACAACUUAGUACUUAAAUUGAAUACUAAUAAAAAUGUAAAUGAUA